AUGAACCAGGAGAAGUGUGGGAUAUGUCAUGAAGAAGCAGCGAAGUAUAGAUGUCCCAAAUGCUCCGUGAAAUACUGCUCUUUGGCUUGCUAUAAGGACACCGAGAGACACAACGAUGAGCAGAAAGAAACCAUAAAAGAAGCCUCGCCCAUCGAGGAGGAGAAGUCUGAACUAACAAUAGAACUGACCCCAGAGCUACGCGAGUUAUUAAGGUAUAAUACUGUGAAAUUUCAUUUAGCGAAGGUUUACAGAAUACUGAAAGCCGAUUCCGGGGAUACUCGAGAUCCAUCAUCUAGCAUGACUACUGAUAUGAAACGACAGCUAGCUAUCGAUUACCUGAAUACGCUUAGAGUUGGGGGGAUCCAUCAUAAUGAGGCAAUUGAAGAGUUUUGCGUGCAUGCAUUGGACUUUAUUGAAAAAGCGAGAGUCAAUGAUACUUAA